CUCCAAAAUAAAAACAAAGAUGUCUGCGCCUAUGUUUGACACAGACAGUGAGGAUGAGCUGCCACCUGGCUGGGAGGAGAGGGUGACGCUGGAAGGGAAAGUUUUCUAUGCAAAUCAUGGAACCAAGGCAACUCAAUGGGAGCACCCUGGAUCUGGGAAAAAGAAAAUUGUCAAGGGAGAUUUACCAUUUGGCUGGGAGAAGAAGUUGGCUGAUGAUGGAACUGUGUUCUAUGUCGAUCAUAUAAACUCCAGGACAACAUAUACUGACCCUAGACUCGCAUUUGCAGAGGAAGUGAAGAAAUCAAGAUUUGACAUUCGCCAAAAGUUUGAUGGAAGUAGCACAGCAAUGCAGGUCAUUCAAGGUCGUGACCUAUCGGGAAAAUAUGUGAUAGUUACUGGGAGUAACACUGGAAUAGGUUUUGAAACAGCGAGAACCCUAGCACUUCACGGAGCCUUGGUGGUAUUGGCCUGCAGAAACACUGCAGCUGCAGCAGAGUGUCAGGCAGCCAUAUUGAAAGAACGUCCUUUAGCCACUGUAGAGGUCAUGACCCUUGAUUUAGCCUCUCUGAGUAGCGUCCGUGCCUUUGCUGAAGAGUAUAAACGCAAGAAAUGGCCCCUACAUCUGUUGAUCCUCAAUGCUGGGGUGUUCGGACUACCCUACACAGCCACAGAGGAUGGCCUAGAAACAACCUUCCAGGUGAAUCACCUGGCUCAGUUUUACCUGACCAAACUAUUGAGGGAUGUCCUGGUAUCCUCACAGCCAGCUCGUGUAAUCGUAGUGUCUUCAGAGUCCCACAGGGCCACCGACCUAACAGUAGAGAAUAUCUGUGUGGAGAAGUUAUCACCAGGCAAGGCUAAGUACAGUGACCUUUGGGCCUACAACCUCAGUAAACUUUGUAACGUCCUCUUUGCUGCCCACCUCAACAAACUACUGGCUCCUCAAGGAGUUGUCUGUAACUCCCUUCACCCCGGCAACCUGAUGAGUUCAAGUCUGAUGCGAAACUGGUGGCUGUAUAAACUUCUCGCCCUCAUUGCAAGGCCCUUCACAAAGGACAUGCAACAGGGAGCGGCAACAACAAUCUACUGUUCAGUGUCCCCAGAUCUAGUGGAUUGUGGGGGCCUGUACUUCAACAACUGUUGUCGCUGUGAACCUUCUAAAGCAGCCCAGGAUAGCCAGCUUGCUCAGAAACUGUGGGACAUCAGCGAAAUGAUGCUGGCAUCGAAAACUUUAACAGAGAAGAUGACAGACACAUAACACGAGGACAAUCUGCCAUCCACUGUGAAACAAUCUAUAUCUGUGAUAUAUCAUCGACUGUCUGUGACAUUCCUCUGGAUCAGAUACAUUUUCAUCAGUCAACUAACUUAUGGUUUAAUCAUCAAAUCACUACUGUAUUAUAACUACAGACAGACGAUAUACCCCAUGUCUAUUCUUCUACAUCCAAAUUCCAUAUCGGCUAUACUUUACUAUAAUUAUACAAAUUUUCAGUUCAGUGAUAACAUGCUCCGCCCAUUUAUAUAUAUUGUGCCCUGCAUCAGUGAAUAUUUUCAUUUCUAUAUCUGAGUCAAUUUGGUUAAAUAACUACAAUAACUUCUAAAUGUUGAUAAUAUCUCGUACAUCUCCUGCAUAUUUAUAAGCACAUGAAAGUGGUGUAAAGAGGAGGUUGUAUGUAGGUAUUGUUAGAUACUGGUACAUGUACACCAGUAAAUAAUUGUCUGCUGAAAGGUGAGAAGAGAUGGCUGUAAUUAACAAGGCAUCACAUCCACCAUGUUUUUAUUCCGGGCGAUGAUGGGAAUAAAUAGGUAAACAUAGUAAGAGUAUGUUUUAUUGGAUCAAAUUUUCUUUAAAAAGAAUAUCAAGUGCAAUAUUUGUGUAAAAAUCAGGCAAACAAAUCUCGAACACACACCAAAAAAAAUGGAAACAAAUACCUGUAUAAAAAAGUGAUGUUGUGAUUUGUUUUAAUUACCUAGAAUUAUUACCUAAUUAUCAUUUUACAAUGUAAUUAAUAACAAAAAUGAUUUAGUUGAAAUAAAUGAAAUUGAUAAGUAAAA